AAGAAAUAGAAAGUCUUGCCUGAAAAGGGAAAUGAAUAAGUAUUUUGCAUAAGUUAAAAGCUAAACCAGGAAGGAACUUAUCACUAGUAUGCUAGAUGGGAGCUCUUCAGUGACACGUGCUUGACUAUGAGAAAAGCAGAUCUUCUGAAAUUAUUAAUAGCAAUAAUUAUCAUGUUUAUUAUAAGUUUGCCUGAAUUUUUCCAAAUCCAAGAAGAAAGCACUAUUAUUAUAUCAUGCAUGGAUGCUUGUUCACUAAAUAACAUCACUUUUCCACUCUGUGGUUUUAACAAUUCUUAUGAAAGCUUCCUUCGACAUAAAAGGAAAAACCAGACUGUCUUUUUGAAGGCCUUUGUUAAUCAAUCCAAUAUUCAGAAUAUUCCAAGUGUUUGCCAAGUCUCCAGUAGUGAACAGCAACAACAUAUUGUAAACUCAGAAGUUUCAAGAGUGAAUGGAUCAUUAGCAAUGAAAGCAAAAGAUUUUAUUUUUUUCUAUAAACAUUUCAAUUUCACUGUGGCUCAUGAGAAUGAUGAGAGUGAGGAAUUUAACACUUACUAUUUACUGGAAAUCCAAAUUAAAAAGUCUACAAGCAGAAGAGGAAACACAACAGAUGAAAACAUAUAUUACUCAUGUAUAACAGCAAUGAUGGAAGACCAGAAUGACUGUAUAAAUAUUUCAAUGCAACUAACAUCUUUCAUGGAAAAUCCCAUGUGUCCGCUGAAGAUCCUUUGGUUUGUUCUUCUUCCACUAGUUUUUGUGCUUACAAUCAUUGUUGUUACCUUCAAAGUAUUUCAAGAAAAUAAAAAACAUACCAAUAGCAAAAGUGCAAGAAUGGCUUCUGUUAUCCUACAAAAAGAAGAAUAUAACCACCCAGGAGAAUCUACAGCUACUAAUGGCAUUCGGCUCCUUUCAGAGGAGACCCACCAACGAAGACCCUCAGCUAAUGCACAAGCAACAAAGAUACUGCCUGCAAUUCCUGAACAGGAGUUUCUUCAUUGCAGUGCAUCAAAUAUUUCAACCAAGGGUCAGAUUUGAAUUGACACUGGCUACGUGUAUGGAAGGUUUGAUGACUGCUACACAUCCCCUUGGGCUACCCAGCUCAAAUGAAAGGUUGGAAGGCCUUUGGCUACUCAGUCUAUACACAUGCAGUGAAAUCCAUUUAAGCACCUGCCUUUAUGAAGAAACCAAGCACCCCCAUGAGGCACACCGCAUUCCAGGAAAAUCAGAGUAAGCAUCUGGAUUUUAGAGCAGUUUAAGCAGAAAGAGGUUGUCAACUUUAACUUUAGCAAAGCUGCCUCUCUAGUGUAAUUCUCUGAGUCCAAGAUCACUCUUAGACCUGUUUUUUCAGUUUGGGAUCAGACUUCCACUUAGGACUACUUAGAAUCACCUCAUGCUCACGUAACUCACUAGAAUGAAGUGGGUAGGAAGAUGAUUGAAGACAAUUUAUUUUUAUGUCUUAAACUUGUCCAUUCCCCUCUGUUCACUCCAUGUCCCCUUUUGCAUGUGCAAUGUCUGGCAAGCCAGGCUGGUAGUUCAUGGUCUGUAAAUACCUUUUGGCAUCCUGAAUACAUUUAGGUCUUUGCUUCUGUACUUAAGGAGCUGUAAUCUAUUGCAACUUACUCUGUGAGGAAUACAUUGAAAAUGUUUCUAUUGCUGGGCUGUAGCCAGUCCAGUUUUCACUGGUACACUCUUUCCGUAUUAGGAGCACUUAUCCUGCUGCUGUUUCCAGGUAGCUGAGGCCUCAUUACAUUCAUUUAUUAAUUUAUUUAUCUAUACUGUAGUUAAGAAAAAACUCACCUACAGCAGAAGUCAAAUUGUAUUGAGUGGAUGAGUGUGCCUAACAGAUGCCCCAAAAUAGUGGUAGCCACCCAGUGAAGAUAGUAGCUAUCUGUUGUACCAAUAGUUACUGCAAGUUAGAGGAAAGAGAAAUAGGUGGAGGUGGUUCCUGUCUGCAAUGCCCACUUCCUGUUGGUGAACUGCACAGUUUGCUAAUACAUUGCUCUUGCUGAUAGUUAGAGACAGGUCAGUAACCAAUGACACAAAUGCAUCAUUUCAAAGUGGUACUAUCUGUUGAUAUGAUUGUCCCUUCUCGUUCUUGGGAGAGCUCAUUGGGUAGAGACUGGAUUUAUUGCUAAAUAUGUAAUCCUACCUAUAUAAUCCUACCUAUGCACCAUUUCUUUCUGUUCAUCUGUUACUGCUAUUGGUAAUGUCCCUGAUUUUCCUUUUGUUUAUUAAAUUUAUUCAGAGAGGAGUCACCCUCUGAUUUU